UUGAUAGCACUGGACCAGUGCCACCUCCGUCCUCUGUCCACUGACCAUGAGUGGAGAGGAAAUGCAAGGAUGGACAGUAAAAAUGACCACGCCGAGUGUUUUGGCCAUGGUGACGGUCUUUUCUAUGAUUCCUGGCGGGGUGCUGAGCGAUAUGAGAGGUACUCAGGGUCUGGAAGCUCAACAAUUGGCCCAGGGGUCCACUCAUCUGCACCGUCGCCUGAAGAGAGGCUGGAUCUGGAAACAGCUGUUUGUCCCAGAGGAAGAUCCCACUCCUCGUGUUAUUGGCAAGCUCAAAUCUGAUUCUGACCGAGGCGAGUUUACCAUCAAGUACAUAUUAUCAGGAGAGGGUGCCGGAGAUGUGUUUGAGAUAGAUGAGUACUCUGGUGAGAUCCGGACAUUGAAGAAACUUGACCGUGAGGAAAAGGCCUUCUACGUCCUUCAAGCCCAGGCUAUCAACAGGAGGUCCAACGAACCAGAAGAGCCCCAAUCGGAGUUUAUCAUCAAGGUCCAGGACAUCAAUGACAAUGUCCCUCAGUUUCAGAAUGAGCCGUAUGUGUCUAGCAUCCCAGAGAUGUGUCCAACAGGGACCACAGUGGCCCAGGUGACAGCCACAGAUGCUGAUGAUCCCAUGUUUGGAAACAACGCCAAGCUCAUCUACUCCAUCCUGCAUGGGGAGCCUUACUUCUCUGUGGAGCCAAAGACCGGUAUUAUUGUAACAUCUUGGCGAAACAUGGACCGUGAAGCCAGAGAGAAAUACCUGGUGGUGGUGCAGGUGAAGGAUAUGCUAGGCCUCAGCGGCGGUUACUCCGCCUCCACCACAGUCACCGUCACCCUGAUUGAUGUCAAUGACAAUGGACCCACGUUUCAGCACCACAUGUACACCUUUGCCGUCCCUGAAGAUGCAGACGUGGGCACCACAGUAGGCAGGAUUAUGGCAGAUGAUGCCGACAUUGGCAUCAAUGCUAGGAUGGUCUACAGUCUGGAGGAUCUGGAGGAAAGCUCCACUUUUACCAUCCAAACAGAUCCAAAAACGCAAGAGGGAGUGGUUCUACUGGCAAAGCCUUUGGACUACGAAAAUAAGCGACGUUAUGUGAUGGCUGCAGAGGCGGUCAAUGAUCCCGUGGACACUAGUUUUCUGCCUCUGCAUGAGUUCAUGGACAGGACCACGCUGAAGAUUGUGGUGGACGACGUGGACGAGCCGCCUGUUUUUGUCACGUCGGUCUACGAAUGGAAAGUUCCUGAAAAUGCAGCUGUUGGAACUGUGGUUGGCAGUGUUAGUGCCAGAGACACUGACACAGUCAACAAUCCCAUCAGAUAUUCAAUUGACAAAAGGAGUGAUACCACAAAAGCUUUCAAAAUAGAUCCAAACAAUGGGACCAUAACUGUUGCUAAAGCUUUGGACCGAGAGACUGCAAACUGGCACAAUGUGACUGUUGAAGCCAAGGAAACAACGCAGAACCAUUUAUCCUCCUCUGUGGUGGUGUUCAUCAAAGUGCUGGACAUAAACGACAAUGUGCCAAGGCUUGCAAGAGAUUACCAGCCAUAUAUCUGUGAGGGGACACAGGCGGGAGAACUUAUUCAGCUGCUCAGCGCCGUGGAUCCAGACGACCCUGCGGAGGGACACCACUUCUACUUCUCUAUGGUCCCUGAGAAAAGCAUCAAUCCGAACUUCACCAUAAGAGAUAAUCAAGACAACACAGCUGGCAUCAUGGCACGUAGGAGCACUUUUACCCGCAAGGAUCGGACCCAGUACCUCCUGCCUGUGGUGGUGACAGACAGCGGCUCGCCAGCCCUCUCCAGCACCAGCACUUUGACCAUCAGUGUUUGCAGCUGUCAUCCCGUAGGCCAUUGUCCCACAGGGGGGGUGGAAGCCCUCGCUCUGUCUAUGGGAGUCAGCCUGCAAACUUUGUUAGGGCUACUGGUCUGCCUGGUCACACUGACAGUGCUGUCAAUUCUAAUGCUGAUGGUGAGAAGACACAGGCGGAAACAGCAGGAGGGGCUGGAGGUGGAGGUGAAGGAGCUGGAGCUGCCUGAGACGGUGUCGCAAAAGGUGCUGUAUUAUGGGGAAGGGAGAUGUGGAGGAGAGGACCUGGAUUUUUGCCAGCCCGUCGUCCCGCUGCGCACCCACCCGAGGAGGAGGGAGAGGAAGCUCCGGAGGGAAGACAUCAGAGCUAGCAUACGGAUGUCCUUCCUUAGAGAGGAGUCCCACGUCAUUGGUCCAGAGGAUGAGGCAUUCAGACAGUUUAUUCUGGACAGGUUGGCAGAAGCAGAUGAGGAUCCUUACGUGGCCCCAUUUGACUGCCUCAGGACCUAUGCGUAUGAGGGGUCAGGGUCUCCCACAGGGUCUCUGAGCUCAUUGGAGUCAUCUACCGUUGAACUUGAACCUGAUCCACCAGUUAGCAACACCAGAUCUUCCUUGGUCAGACUUACCCCGUGGUUUGGGGCACAAGAUGAGGACACCAUCUUCUGAGGGGCUUUUCUUAUCAUUUUUUUUAUGGCUUCUCUUUUAAAGUUGUCAAUACUGACAUAAAGACACAAAACAAAAAAAGACCUGCACUUAAAAGACAAAAAUCAACCCUUAUAUAACUUAAUAUAAAAGAGCUAUUUUCUUUGCUGUAUUUAUCAUAUUUCAGCUACAGAGUUCCUAGCAUUCAUACAUAAGUCAUAACUAUCAUUUUCUCCCUUAAACUACCACUUUGCAACAAUCAAACAUCAUAACCUGUAUCAUGCGUCUGUUUUAGAAGAGGAAGAUAUUACAUUUAAUCUUACUAUCAUCAGGAAAAGACAUUACCUUGAAUCACAGAGGUAGCAGAACCUUAUUAUUUGCUUUUGAUACAGGUUAUAUAGGUUAAUUUGUUUGGGUAGAAGUGACUGGUUGCAUGUGAAAGCAGUAUCAAUAGACCAUUAUGUAAUCUUAGCCACAAGACAGGUUACAUUAUGGAAAACCUCACUUUUUUCUUCACUGGAUGAACUCUAACUCUGUUUUUACUUACUCACUCAGUAGGCUACCAUGUUUCUAUCGUGCCCACCCACUCACACUAGGAAUUAGUCACCACCAGUGAGUGAACUGGUUAGUCCACGCCUGGGUUUUGCCGAAGUUACGAGUGAAAGUCAAUUUGGCAGAUGGUUAAAAGCAACAGAGGCACAGCAGGAAAAGGCAACCAUAAAAUACAGUAAAAUGCACUCACAUAACUCUGGCUGAUAAACUGAAAAAUGUAAGAGUAAGCUAUGUGGUAUUAUUAUUGCCAUUAUUACAGUGUUAAAAUAUUACACUGGCUGUAUCAUACUUACAGUAUUACUGACCUGUACAUUUUUAAUAUAUGAUAUUAUUUGCGACAGAAUAUAAGUCAGUCCUAAUCAGCAUUUUGGCUCAUAAUGGUUUCUAUGUGUAUUUGAAUUGUACUAUAUGAAUUCAUAUUAUAUGUACUCCUGAUAUAUAUAUAUGUGUGUAAGGCCACAUAUUUUUGUGUCCUGAUUAGCUUUAU